CCAUACGAUAAACGCACGCAAUCACUUCGAUAUUUGACAACUCUUGCAAAAGAAAAACGAAAACAUUAGCGGAAAAAUAAGUUCCGCGGUGUUUUACUCAAUCCGUACUUAAUAAUUUAUUUUAUAGUUCAAUAUUUGCUUUGUGAUAGCUGUUUUAUCUCAAGAAUACACAGAUCUUAAAGAUUGCGCACAACCCGGUACUAUAUAAGUUAAAUUCAUUUGCAGAACAAACACUGUUUGCAUUUGUUCGCCGGCAUUCGUGUUCUAACCUCAACUUGUUUCUGACGAAAGAUUGAAGAAAUUCUAUACCAUGGUGGUUUGGAGUCGUUUUAUGUCCAAAAAGCUUGCCUCAGGUACAGCGCUCGGUAUAAUUGCCGGUGCAUCUAGUUAUUGGUUUGUUGCACAGGCCACCGAGCGCCGGACGGUGGAGAAUUCAUUCACAACCAACUAUGAACCAUCGCCGUGCGCACGAUGGGAAUGGAACUGGGACCACCGUGAUCCAAAGAGUCUCGUAAAGCCACUUAAAAAGGUCGAUGAUCCGGAAUCGCAGAACGAUUACAACAAGGCGGUGGAAACGAAGAAAGGCCGUGCCAUACGUCAUUUGAUUCUAGUGCGCCAUGGUCAGUACAAUCUCGACGGUAUGACCGACAGUCAGCGAACGUUAACCGAGCUCGGACGUAAACAGGCGGGAUUGAGCGGAGAACGGCUGAAGCAUCUAGCUCUACCGUACGAUGAAAUCGUCCGUUCGACAAUGACCCGCGCACAGGAAACGGCGGAGAUCAUAGGCAAAUCGUUGUCGCAUCUAAAGUUGGUCAAUUGUCCCCUGCUAGAGGAAGGAUCGCCCAUUCCUCCGGAACCGCCGGUUGGCCACUGGCGUCCUGAAGCAUCGCAGUUCUUUCAGGACGGUGCACGUAUCGAGAGUGCAUUCCGGAAAUAUUUCUACCGAGCUGACCCGUCGCAGAAGUCUGACUCGUACACGAUCAUUGUGUGUCACGCCAAUGUGAUACGGUAUUUCGUAUGCCGUGCUUUACAGUAUCCGGCCGAAGGAUGGCUACGUAUUUCGCUCGGGCACGCAUCACUAACCUGGGUAUCUAUCUACCCGGAUGGACGGGUGUCACUACGCACGCUGGGCGAUUGUGGUCACAUGUCGAAGGAUUGUCUUUCGCGAUAGAACAGAUACUAUUAGCGUGUGUUUAAGGAAGGAGUAUUUUAUCCGACUGUACAAGGUACGGCAACUAUGUUGGUGGAAUGUGAGAGUGAAUUUGCAUUUUGCGUAGAUGAUCGUGACAUUUUAGGGAAUAAGAAUCCAUCGAAACGAAA